CAUCUUCUGGAUCCUUGUCCUGUCUCCCCUUUACCUGGCUGAGGUUUAGGAAAACACUUUGAUGUAAAAUCCGUGGUACCAUGGACUCCCCAGGUGGACAUUCUGUUAUCAGGAGGAUUCAUGUGACAAAUAUUUUUAACAACAUCUACCAAAUUGUGAAGUAGAAAAUAUACAUGACAGUUUUUGUCCUCCUGGGACUUAAAAUAAGCUGAACAGACAGGACUUUCAACAGAAAGGGAAAAAAGACACCAUGGGACACACGCCAAAUUCCUGGUGAGUCCUGGGUACUCAGGAAAGGCUUCCUGGAGCAGAAGGUGAGACCCGGCAGGAGAGGGAGAGCUGUCACAUGUGAGCACAGUACCAGGUGGGGUGCCUGAGGCUGGGGUCCACACCCUCCAGAACUGAGUGUAGGUAGGUAACACCUGGGAGCGGGUCCAGCUACACCACACCCUCACUGUGGUGAGAGCACAUAGGCAGGUGCUCAUCUGCCUGAAACCUGGGUGAAGUCCUCCGUUUCCUUCUCUCCUCACCCUCCCAGCCAGGAAAGGAGAUUCCAGGACACUCAUCAUGGUUCAGAAUGUUCCAGGCUCCUACCAGCAGCAGAAUGUGCCAAAGAAGACAAGCAGUGUGACAUGGCAGCGACAUUUUAGGAGAGUAACUCGCAAAAGUGGCUAGGCAUGGUGGGACCUGCCCAACGUCCUCACUCUAGGACCACUGAGGAGAAACUACUGAAAUCCAAUGGGAAGAACAAUUAUACCAAAGGAACAUUUUAUGAUUAAGAUUCGCUCUCACCAAGUGCACCGGAUGUUAAGCAAACUCACUGAGGACAGACAGCACCUGCUCUGUCGUAAAGACGGGGUGACCAUGGAUUCCAACCAUCCUGCUGGAGCCCAGGCCUCAAGAAACCCCAGAUGUCAUUGCUGGUCUCUGUCCACCUGCCGGCUCCAGACUCCUCCGAGGGCACCGGAGGAGCAAGGUCAGAGCAGAAAGUCUACGGAUUUCCGUCCUCUCCCCAUCCAGCGGCAGCACCCCCUCCUCCGCCCUGCAGCUGGCUCGCAAGUGGGCCCCCACGCUGGUCCCAGCCUAGUCUCAGGGGCUUCGGGAGGACGCACCCGGCCCUGGGUCUUCCUCCCCCCGCUCCUCCCCUCCUCAUCUUCUCGGGUCUGAAGCCGGCGGGCCAGGAGCGCAGUCCUGGACUACGCCAGUCCAUGCUGGUGGCUGCGCGUCUGUCCAGGUCCCUCUGGGGCGGGGGGCCGAGGACCGUCCCCGGGGCGCCGGGUCAGUUCUCCGCACGAGGGUCGGGGACACUGAGGAUCGAUCGCGGCUGCGGCGAGGGGACCGAGGAACUGGCCGCCGCCCUUUCACCAGAUGCUGUUUGCAGAUGUGGCGGCGUCUGCAGACUUGAACCACAAGUAAAGUUCUCUGAGCCGGAGCUCGGCGCGGUGCCCUGGCGGGCGGGGCGAGGGAAUCAGGACCCGCAGGCACUGCGCCAAGGCCGCCAGGCGAUGCCCCCGCGCUCGGGGACACUGUGGUCACCAGGUGGGAUCCGUGCCGGGAACAGCCUUAGGGAGAAGGAGGGGACUCCGCCUGGGGGAGCAAUGAGAGGGCGUUCUCUGCACCACCAGGAAAUGCGGGUGACGCUCAAGUUCCUUCCUGCUGCAACUCCAAAGGAUGCGGGUGACGCACAGAUUCCUCUCUGCUGCCAACUCCAGGGGACCUUGGAGACCGGGGUCUGGAGGAGGGGCAGACAAAGGACUCACAGAGCCACCUUCCCGUCCCCCCUGCCUUAUAUCCACUAUCUCUACCCCAACCAGAGUCUCCAGGCUGAGUCUCUGAGGAGCAGAAACUGAGGAGUUGAAACCAGCUCAGCCGUGUUAGGCGUGGGAGGGACCCAGCAGGCUGACUUACCACGGCAAACCCUGGUGGCACUACCUGACAGCUGUCACUCAUUCUUGGAUGGAGUUCCUCAUAAGUCUGGCUAAAAUAAAUAAUAAAAAUA